UGAAGUGAAGUGGAAUACAACAAAAUCAAGAUUCGUGUAUUAUUUCCUGUGGCGUCUGAAAAUGAACCUAAUAUUUAUUAACAAAGCCUCUAUAUGACAAUGUAAUCUAUCGUUUCGCUUGAAAUCUUUACAAACCGAGGACACCUCAGAGGUUGUCAGAUCACUAUAGGAUAUUAGAAGUUCAGUAUAAUAAAAGUUAUAAGUGUAAAAUAUUCGCUUUCCUCAUCGCUUUCGCAUAUAAUUCCUUAAACUGGUAGUUUAUACAGAGAUAUUGAAUAAGGGGAAUACAUUCAGAAACAUGGAAUACGACGCCAUUGUAAACAAAAUUGGUGGAUUUGGUAAAUAUCAAAAGAUGAUCAUCGUCCUCCUGUCUAUAGCACCCAUAUUUAAUGCAUUGACUACAUUUGCUAUGAAUUUUACAUUCGGAGAGCAUGAACACAGGUGUCAAACUCCCCAUGAUCUGGAAGGAAAUGAAUCUCUACACACACAAAUAUACUGGGAUAAUACAUCUGUAGAAGUUACCGGGUAUAAUGUGACAGAAUGUACAAUAAUUAUUAAUGGAUCUGAAACCAAAUGCAGUAGUUGGGUAUAUGACCAAAGUGUAUUUGUAGAAACCAUCAUAUCUAAGUUUGAUGUUGUGUGUGACAAAAAGUUUUACCGGGCACAUUUCUUAAUGAGUCACUAUCUUGGUCUCCUUGUUGGAUCAAUUUUCACUGGUUUUCUGUCGGACACAUUUGGUCGUAAACCUUUACUUGGUUUUGGAAUUGCUCUAUUACUGAUAUCAACGGCUGUAAGACCUAUGAUUCCUAGCUUAGACGUAGUGACGAUCUUUGAGUUUUUCAACGGUUUUGGGAGUGUUAUUUACUACAUAGUUCCUUAUAUUCUAGCUACAGAGAUGGUAGGGCCGGAUCACAGAGUUUUUGUAUCGUUCUGUGUGUAUUUCUCGUUCUGUUUUGGCAACUACAUUUUGCUUUUAUUAGCAUUCUUCUUCCGGAAUUGGGAACAUCUAAUGUGGGCCAUUGGUGUUCCUAUUGGUGGAUACAUUAUUGUGUUGUUUUUUAUAUCUGAAUCACCUCGUUGGCUGUUGAGUCAAGGAAAGAAGAAAGAAGCAAUUGCAAUUCUGCAAAAGAUUGCCAAGACAAAUGGAGAAAACAUAAACCUUUCAUCAGAAGAUAUAACUAUCCACAAGGAGAAAAAUGCAUCAAUUUUCAACUUUGUGAAAGCAUUAAUGAAAUCGAAGAUAUUAUGCAUGCGACUGUGCAUAGUAGCACUGAACUGGUUUGCACUCAGUUUGACAUAUUAUGGAAUUUCAAUGAAUGUAGCAAAAUUUGAUGGAAAUAUUUACGUCAACUUUGGGAUAUCUAGUACAGUGGAAACAGUUGCUUGUUUCUUUUGUUUAUUAGGUCCAGACCGAUUUGGGCGGAAAGUGUUUUUCUGUUCAUCCAUGGUCAUCGGAGGUCUGACAUGUUUCUGCACUAUUUUUCCGUCUCUUUAUGCGUCUGAAUCUCUUAGUUGGUUGACCAUUACUUUGGCAAUGGGCGGGAAAUUCUUUACAACCAUUGCCUUCUUCUUCGCAUAUCUGAUAACGGCUGAAUUAUUUCCAACUGUAUUAAGAGCAUCAGCGCUUGGGUUAUGCAGCAUGUCAGGUCGAAUAGGAUCAAUAACCUCAGCAUACAUAGGAGAAUUGGACUCAGUUUUUUCAACACAGUUCGGUAAAGCUUUACCAUUGAUUAUAUUCGGAGCCGUAGGACUGGUUGCAGGACUUCUAGCUGCUUUCGCCUUACCAGAAACGGUAAAAACGCUGCUCCCAGAGUCAAUAAAAGACGCAAAAACUCUUAAUAAUAAUCUAACACACGAAGUAGAACAGGAGCAGGAAUUGGAUUCUUUAAAGGAAACAACCUAAUUACACAUAUAUUGGAAAUUAAUAUCACUGCCAUUUGUUCAUUGUUUUUUGUAUUGAUAUGUAAAUUUUUUAUACUUUUAAAUGGAUAAGAUAUCUUUAUUAAUAAAAAGGAGUAACCAAACCCACUAAUUUAAACAUUGGAAUAAAAAUGAGAAAUGUGACCUUUAUACGUGUUAUUUUAAAUUUUAGUUCAUUUAUGUGGGUAAAGUUAAGUGUGAUGUACAUUUUCAUUGAACAAGAAAAUAUUUUUGUUUAAACCGAAGCUGAAAGCCGCCGGGGUCUGAAAUUUUCUCGCUGUGUUGAAGAUUAAUUGAUUUUUUGGUCGGGUUGUUGUCUCUUUGACACAUUCCCUUCUCAAAUUACGAUCAUGAUAGUUGUAAAGACAAGCAGAUUUACACUGAACCAAACAUCAGAGACUUUAAACUAAAGGUUUUCGCAAAAAGAGGACCAACAAAAAUUAGAACUCAACGUAUAAGAAAGAUGAGCAUAUUCUGUUUCUAAUGCAACAUCUGUUUGUUCAGUAAAAAAUACUCAGUUAUCAAACUCGAAACACAAAUAAACAGGAAAUAAAUUAUUUUGUAUAUAUGCAGGAUAAGAAUUAAUAGCAUUUCCACCAAAAUGAAGGACAAUGCCGGAUUUAUUUGUGUACAAUAGUGAAAAUAACUUUUCGCGCAUCAAAGGAAAGUCAUUGUAGCAGACACAACCUAUUGAAAGCCCACGAACUUUUUCUUUGUAGUCAACAUAUCCAGUGUGUAGGUAUGUAGCUACAGAGUGAAGGAAAAAUUCCUAUUUCAAACACUUCAGUUAUCACGUGUGUUGUAUUUGAAAUCGAAAGAGGAAGGUACAUUAGUAAGACAGAAAGUGUAAGCUACUAGUAUGUAAGAACGCAGUUGAAGACGAACUACAUUUUCUUUUAAAAUUUCCUGUUCUGAAAGAUACUAGAUCUCAACAUCUGUCCAAUUUAAAUUCUAAAUUCAAAACAAUUUCUAGCUUAUCUGAUGAAAUGAAAUUUGUUUAGAUUAUUUAAUCUAAAGAAUUUUUGUUACUUCAAACCUAUCUAAUUUAGCGCACUCCCUUUUAGAAGAAAGGAAGAAAAUCUUUGAAAAUAGCAAUGUAGUUUGAAAGAAUCUAUAUUUAUGUAAUAAAAUUUGUCAGGAGGUGUCUCCCAUAGACGUACGACUAAAACAAUUAUGUAAUUUCUCAAGGUCACAGUGGCACCCAAAAUAACUUUUGUUUGUCAAUAACAUGGUUUAUAAUCAUGUUACGUAGUGUGGAUGUGUAUUCAUGUUUUUAGUUUAAAGUACUCUAAUCAUUUUAAUCAUUCUAAUAAUUUACUAUGGUUUAUUUUG